GUUACAUAAACUCUCACAGUUAUUGAUUCAAUAUUGUUGUUAUUUGUCAUUAGAAGAAAACAAUUGUCUGUUUCAUUAUUUCAACUUAUUGUUGUUGUUAAUUAAAGAAUUGACAAUUUAAUCUAUCAUGGAUUUUGUGUCAAAUAUCUUGAAGAAAACUCCAUUUAAAUCAGAAUCAUCUGAGGAUCGGGAAAAACCUCCUGAAGAAGAAAAUCAAAGUGAACCAGAAAAGAAACAAGAUGAUUCUGCUUCUGCAUCAUCUCCUGGAGGUGAUGAUGCUACAGGAGACAAGUUAACUCUAUCGGAGCAAGUUUCAAGCAAAGCCAUGGAUUCUGCAAAAAGCAUUGGAAAUUUCCUUUUCAACGUAGCCAACAAAGCAGGACAAACAGUUACCGCAACAGCGACUAAACUCAAGCAAACAGUUGAGCACAAUAGUUUACUAGCUGAUUUCACAAAGGAACAGCAGGAAUUUAUUAAGGAACAUGGUGGAAACAUUGAAGUUGGUGAACCUCCUUGGAUUGGAUGUGAACAGGAAGAGGAGGUGAAAACUCAAAUCAUUUCUCUCUCCCAGGACAAACGUAAUUUUGUCCGAAGUCCUCCUAGUGGUGUUCAAUUUGAUUUCGAUAUGCAACAAAUGUUACCUGUUACUUUAGCAAUUCUCAAACAUGAUCCUAACCUUGAGAAGAUGCGAUUUGAUUUGGUACCUAAAUUAGUCAACGAAGAAACUUUCUGGAGAAACUAUUUUUACAGAGUCUCUUUGAUCAAACAGUCAACCUCACUUUCCAAUAUGAAUAAAGGAUGCAAGGGAUGGGCUUCCAGUUCAAGCUCAUCAGCUGAAGGUCCAGAUGAACCAAGUCCAACGAACCCGGAGCCCGAGUUUAUCAGUGACUCUAUUCAAGGUUCAGUCAGCGAAGAAGAUCUUAAAAGUGGAAUGCGACAAUUAGGAGUUGGUCGAGGCUCUGUUAGCAAAGACAGAACCGAUUCAACAUCAGCCCAAGAUGACAAUUGAGAUCUUGAUGGCAACAAUUUCUACAAACACUGGGAAGAUGAAAUCAACAAAGAUCUGCAAGAAUUUGAGGUUGUUGGAAAAGAUGAUAACGGUGGACUGGAUGACGAUCUCGAAAAAGAUUUGGCCCAGUUAUAAAUGAUCCAAGCAACAAUUAAAGAAAACGUUUAUUAAAUCAAUCAUGAUAUAAAUAUAUAAUUUAAAACAAUAUACCUCCUGAAAAUAUGAAAAAAAAAAAAUACUGUGUGAUAUCAACGAUAUAAAUUCAUACAAACUCAUCAAUUCCAAUCAUUUGCUGAGUAAAAAGGAUUGUCACCAUCAUGAAAGAAAUUGUCUCAGGAAACGGAAGGACAAGAAAUUGAUUGGAAAUUGACCAAACUGAGGAAAGCACAUAAACAGAACACAUUAAUUGUCAACUCCACAAUCUAAUUAUAAAGAAACACACGAAGAAUUUUAUCCUAACCAUUGAUUGUUUGGAUAUUCUAUUUAUGGUUUUACUCUCUCAUUUUCCUCAGAACCAUAAUUACUAUUUCCUUUCCUCUACAUGAUGUUUAUACUUUUCUUUUUUCUGUCAUUCCUUAAUUUCUCAUUCAGAGUUUUAAAACUAAAUUGUGUUUAGUUGAUGAAAGAAAUAGUUCAUUUUUCACCAAUAUUAUUAUUGUCACUACUCGUCAACAUCAGAUCUUGUUAAUCAAAUUAACUAAUAAUAAUUUCAUCAACUAUGGAUGAUAAUCAUUAUUAACAUUUGAUCUUAAACUAACUAUGGUUAAAAUGUUGGAUUAUUCAACUGUUACAAUCAACAACUAUUAGAAUGAUAAUUGAUUAGUUUUGAUUUUCUUUUCUGUAUUUUUAUUUAUGUUCACAAUUAUUUCAUCGUUUUUUGUUAAUUGAUUUUUAAAAUUUUUCCCUCUUUAACUAAUUUAACUAAACUUUAACUUUCCUCUCUUGAUAAUCAUUUAAAUUA